AUGCCGGACUUUCGGUUACCAUUGGUUGUGGCUGCAGUUUCUGUUGUUGUAUAUGUCUCCGCUCAACAGUCAGCACAAAGUAAGUCGUAUCUUGAUGAAAAACACACGUAGAUAGACUAGUACCUUCGUAUUAAAGCUAAACAACGUUUUACCUAUUUUACAAUAACCGUAGGUUACCUUAUGCAUCAAAAAUGCUCCGUUUUUUCGACAAAUCCAAAUAUUAUUGUUUUGUCCGGACAAACCAUUGCCUUUUUCGAGCUUAAAUUCAAAAAUUCAAAUUACAUAAAAACAGCGCGAAAGCAUGGUCCAAUCCGAGAACUCUCAAACCGUUAGCCGGGGGUUUAAACCACAGUGAUCCAUCUUCAUUUCGCUUCCAUCCAAACUUUUCCUUUCGUUCGCUUUCCGGUUUUCUCAAUGACCCGAAAAGUCGCCGCCGUAGCUGAACGGCUCUGUUUUCUUUGCGGAACAUCAUAAAUAACAUCCAGUUGCAUCUCCGUCAACGAGUUUCCUGGAUCCUCGCUGAACUUACAAAAAUUUCGCUUUUCGUCUUACUUUUCCGGAAAAAAAUAUUUUUUUUGUUCAGUUUACUGAAAAAUAUAUAAAAGAGUAAAGCAAUGGUGUAACAUAGUCUAAACUGAACCAAACAAAAGUAUAAAAUAAAUAAUCAAGAUAGAAAUAACAUAAAGCUACAUUGAUCAAUGUAACAAAUUAUUAUUUCAGGACAAGGCCAGAUUAUCGCCGAUUUAGGUAAAUUAAUCGUCGAGAACUGCCCGCCUAUGUUAUGUACAGGUCUGGACUGUGCUGUUGUGACAGAACGUAACGGCUGUCAGGUAAGCUUUCUCUUGUAAGCUAAAAGUUUAUUUUUUUCGCUAUAAAAACCUUUUUCGACAAAAAUAGUAAGAAAAUAAAGUGGUAUGACAUGUUUAAUGAAACAUGUUUCAGCUAUGUGCCUGUCCAAUCGGAUCCCCAGCCAGAGGUUGUGAUCCAAUGCCAUUCGUUUUGUGGCACGACCUUAUCGUAAACGGAUGUCCAAAUGUUACAGUAAACACCAGGGAUCCAGCACAAAAGGUUCACCGAUGGUUCCGACGAGUAAGUGUUAUACAAGUCGGCCAAAGGUUUAUACUGCCUUUAAGCAACUUAUACUACUGUUCCAAUAAGUAGGAGAAAUUAAAAAUCUGGCCAAAAUUUACGUACAUGUAAAAGUGUGACAUCUACUUUUCAUCUUAAAUUUUAACAUCCUGCUGUUCAAACUAGCAUAACAGUAGCAAAUUAUCAUAGGUUUUCAAUAUUUUACCUUAACAACAAUUUUAAGCCAACUUUUCAAUCAAAGUUACCUAAAAGUGCACUUAAACCUCAAUUUUAUAUUACUUCCGCGGAUUACUUUGAAAUUCGAGUAAUCGUGAAGUUGCGCAAUCUUAUCCCUCGCCCAAAACCAGUAGUUAAUUUGUAGGUGAACCGGUUCACGAACACCGACCAAUGUGAGCCCUACAUCUUCCCCUACUGCGCCGAGCUCGACUUCAACCUGUGGCGGUCGCCGCGCACCAAACAAGAAUGCGAAUUGUACUGUUACUCAGUCGACGAUCAGAGGAAACGAGGUAUCAUCUAA